AUGGAGGACAAGGAUGCCCAUCCUUCGGAGCAGCUGAGCUACCGCAGGAAGAGGGAGGACUUCCCUGGGGGGGAAGAGUCGGAUGUCUCGGCCUCGGUGGGCGACGAAGAGUCGGACUUUGCAGAUGACGAUGAGCAAGAAGAGGAGUGGGACGGGAAACGGCCGGGCUCGAAGCGAGGGCGAGGCACGCGACGAAAACCGAGGAAACUGGCGAGAGCGGAUGGCGGUAAGCUGGCGAGGGCGUCCCAGUUUGCCCUGCCGUCUGAUGUUGGCGCACCGGACAUGUUGCCGUGUCGGGACAAGGAGAAGGAGCAUGUGCGCAAGUUCAUCGAAGACGCGAUCAGAGAGAGCGCGGAAGGGAUUCACGGCGGUUCGCGAUGCCUGUACAUAUGCGGCGUGCCGGGGACAGGGAAGACGGCGACGGUGCGGGAAAUCAUUCGCGACUUGUCGCGCCAACGGGCAGCGGGAGAAGCCCCGCCGUUUGAGGCCCUGGAGAUCAACGCGAUGAGCUUGUCAGACCCCAACUUGGUUUAUUGCGAGCUGUACAAAGCUAUCACGGGCUCGGAGGGGUACUCGCCGUUGCACGCGGCGCAGAUGCUUGAGAAGAGAUUCUCCGACGCAUCGGUGGGUACAGAAAAGCGGUCCACGGGGCGGGUGGAUAGACCGACCGCGAGGGAAAGGGGCAAGUGCGUGUUGCUGAUCCUGGACGAGAUGGACGUACUCGUCUCUCGCAAGCAGAAAAUUUUGUACGAUGUGUUGGAAUGGCCGACACGAAAGAAUGCGCGGAUGGCGGUGAUUGGGAUCUCCAACACUUUGGACCUUCCCGAGCGGAUGCUUCCCCGUCUAGGGUCGAGACUGGGAGUUAAUCGGGUGACCUACCCUCCAUACACAAGCGAUCAGCUCAAGGUUAUUCUGCAGCUGAAACUGGAGAAUAUCAAGGACGUGACAUACAAGAGCGGAGCGUUGAACCUAUGCGCGACAAAAGUGGGGGCAGUAUCCGGGGAUGUGCGGCGGGCAUUGGAAAUCUUACGGCGAGCAGGGGAAGUGGCGACGAGGGAAGGCAAGCAGGGGGAGAACACAGUCACGGCCACACACGUGCACGCUGCGAUCCAGGACAUCUCGGGUCGGUCAAGGCUAGCGACAUUGGGACAACUCUCCGAUUUUGAGAAACUUUUCCUCCUAAGUGCGGUGGUGUUGGCCCGCAACCUUGGUUCAUUUGCGGUAGACGUCACAAGCUCCAUGUCUUCUGUGACGUCGCGCGCGCUCACGAGCGCGCGUCGGCAUGCCAAACAACUAGGCGACGAGGACAUCCCGUCGGUGCGUGAGCUGGAGGAGGCGUGCUUUCGACUCGCGAGUCAGCGUAUCGUCCUGGUCGACAAGGCAGCGGUGUUUAAGCAGAGCCGAAUCAUCGUCAAUGUAUCGGGGGAUGAUUGCGCGUUUGCGCUCAGAGACUGCCCUCUGUCGAAGAAGCUGCUCGCGGAGACGUGAGAAGAUGCGCGCAACAUCUCUGCUCGCUACGCGCAUAAUGCCAACUCUGCCAGGCGCAGCCUCGAGGGAUACGGCGCGGCUUUUUUUCUGCUGCUACCAAACUCAAGCUCUCCGCUUAAACGUCAUCCCAUAACUUUGCUAACAUGUUUGGUUCCGCUGAUAGCCUUUUGGGCGACGUUUUAUUCUAAUCCGUAUUUUUUUCCAUUUUCAGUUUUUAUCUCUUGUUGAGAUCAAACAGGCUCCCAUAGUCACUGACGCACGACAAACUAGGCGUAGUUUCACAAACUCUCGUCGACUGCA